CACGCAAACGGACAUGCACCGAACCCACCGAAAACACAGAAGCAUAUGCCCGGCGACGAACACCCGAGAAGAAACACACGCGUACGCCCGCGAUCUCCCGCCCCACGGAUCGCGAUCCGGCCGCUAAUGGCAGCGCCCCGCCCGCCGGUAUAAAGCGCACCUCGCCACAGCUUUGAGUUCCGCUUCAGCGGUCACCACUCACUAGAAGCUGCUCUGCUUUUGUCCAACAAAAAGAGGGGAGGUGCUCUGCUUCGUUCGAUGGCGACCGUGAUGGAGGAGGCUGGGGCGGUGGUGAUGGGCGGAGCCGGUGAGGAGGAGGUUGUUGCUGCGCCGGAGAAGGUGGAGGAGGUGAAGGAGGCGGGUGCGGGCGGGGUGGACGUGGAGGUCGCCGGCGGGGAGGCGAAGAAGGCGGAGGAGGAGCAAGGGGAGCAGGGCAAGGGGACGGAGAAGAAGCCGAGGAGCAGGAAGCCCCGGUCGGCGGGGCCGCACCACCCGCCCUACUUCGAGAUGAUCAAGGAGGCGAUCAUGGCGGCGGGCGACGGCAAGGCGGGGGCGAGCGCGUACGCGAUCGCGAAGCGCGUCGGGGAGCGGCACGGCGAGGUGCUGGCCACGCAGCUCCGGGGCUUCGCCGCCAAGGGCCGGCUCGUCCGGGUCAAGGCCUCCUUCCGGCUCGCCCCCGCCGAGGAGAAGAAGGCCCUGCAGGCGGCGACGCCCAAGUCCAAGAAGAGGACGACCACGGCCAAGAAGACCGCGUCGAAGAAUGUGGCCCCGGCGCCGGCGCGCGCGAAGAGGGCGAAGAAGGCCAACAAGGCCAGCGCCUGAUGCCGCCACCGUGUCCCCUGUACAUAUCUCGGUAGUAGCAGUACGGAGUAGCAGCAUGUUCGAUCCAGCGCCCUGUUCUGUAAAUACCACCCGUGUGCGUGCGUUGCCGGCAAUAAUGGCGCGCUCGUGUGCCGGUGUUGAUGGACGCGAGGAAGGAGAAGAUGGUGAAUUUGGCUGUGGCCGCCAAUCUGUACGACUGAUGCUUGCACCACUCUGUCUCCGUGUUGUGAUCAUGCUCUGCUCCCUUCCCCUCUUCCGCCUUCGGUUGAUAUCAUGGCAAUGGAUAUCAAUGGAUGAAUGGAAGGAUCUUGUGGGGAGUUCUGGUCUUGGCAGGUGGUCAACCAGUUGAUGAUUCCUUAACAAUCGCCCAACAUCAGAGCAGCUCACGGAAAUAUUUGUAUAAUUUUGCUAAGGCAGAUGUGCCAUAAGUA